AUGCCUUCCUAUCCUGACACUUGUACACUUUUUUACUGUGUCUUGCUCCCCCCUCCUUCUUUCUCUUUAUCUCUUUCCCUUUUUCUGUAUCUCUCUGUCUUUCCUCUCUUCCUUCACCCCCUCUCUCACCUCCCUUUCUCUUUCCGCACCUUCCCCUCCUCCUUUCCUCUCUUCCGCACCCCUCUCACUCCCUUCCUCUCUUCCACUCCCUUCCUCUCUUCCACCCCUCCCUUCUUCUCUUCCACUCCCUUCCUCUCUUCCACUCCCUUCCUCUCUUCCACUCCCUUCCUCUCUUCCACACCCCUCUCACUCCCUUCCUCUCUUCCACACCCCUCUCACUCCCUUUCUUCUCUUCUUUUUUUUCAUCCUUUCUUCCUCUUUUCUCUCAUUCUACCAAUUCUCUCUGCCUGCACCCCUUUACCCAUAAUACUACCAAGCCCCUCAUUCUCCUCUUCCUCCUCAUUCUGCCAAACCUCUUUGCCUCCUCCUCUUUAUCUAUUAUACUACCAAGCCCCCUCCUCCUCCUAUUUGCCUUUAUUCAGCCUAUCCUCUCUCUCCUAUUUGCCCAUUCUGCCUAUCCUCUGCCUCCUCCUCCCUUUUGCCUGCAUUCUGCCUGUCCUCUCUGCCUUUAUUCAGCCUAUCCUCUCUGCCUCCUCCUCCUAUUUGCCUGCAUUCUGCCUAUCCUCUCUGCCUCCUCCUCCUAUUUGCCUGCAUUCUGCCUGUCCUCUCUGCCUUUAUUCAACCUAUCCUCUCUGCCUCCUCCUCCUUUUGCCUGCAUUCUGCCUAUCCUCUGCCUCCUCCUCCCUAUUUGCCCCAUUCUGCCUGUCCUCUGCCUCCUCCUCCCUAUGUGCCCCGCAUUCUGUCUGUCUCUCUGCCUCCUCCUCCUCCUAUUUGCCUGCAUUCUGCCUAUCCUCUCUGCCUCCUCCUCCUCCUAUUUGCCUGCAUUCUGCCUAUCCUCUCUGCCUCCUCCUCCUCCUCCUAUUUGCCCAAAUUCUGCCUGUCCUCUCUGCCUCCUCCUCCUCCUCCUAUUUGCCCACAUUCUGCCUAUCCUCUCUGCCUCCUCCUCCUAUUUGCCCAAAUUCUGCCUGUCCUCUCUGCCUCCUCCUCCUCCUAUUUGCCCACAUUCUGCCUAUCCUCUCUGCCUCCUCCUCCUAUUUGCCCAAAUUCUGCCUGUCCUCUCUGCCUCCUUCUCCUCCUCCUCCUAUUUGCCCACAUUCUGCCUAUCCUCUCUGCCUCCUCCUACUAUUUACCCAAAUUCUGCCUGUCCUCUCUGCCUCCUCCUCCUCCUCCUAUUUGCCCGCAUUCUGCCUAUCCUCUCUGCUUCCUCAUCCUCUUUACCCCCUCAUACUACCAAAUCCCUCCUCUUCCCUUGCUUCUACCAAUCCUCUCUGCCUCCUCCUCCUCUUUGCCCAUUAUACUACAAAAUCCCUCCUCCUCCUCUUUGCCCUCAUUCUGUCAAUCCUCUCUGCCUCUUCCUCUUUGUCCAUUAAAUUGCCAAAGCCCUCUUCUUCUUUUUGCCUUCAUUCUGUCAACCCUCCUCCCUCCUCUUCUUUCAAGUCCCUCUACUACCUACUCUUAGCCAUUAUACUGCCAUGCCCCACCUUCUCUUUGCUGUUCUUUUGCCUUAACUCUCUGUCUCCUUUUUGCCCUCCUUCUCCCAACUUCCUCCUCCUCUUUGCCCUCAUUUUACCAUGCCACUCCUCUUUUUUUCACCUCAUUUUUCCAAACUCCCUUUUCCUUUUUUGCCUUGGUUCCUUCAAUUCUGUCCUCUUCAUUUUGGACCUGGUUCUGCUAAUCCCACCAUCUUUGUUUUUUGUCUUGCUUCCACCAAGUCCCCAUUCCUCCUCUUCUUUGGUUCAGCCAAGCACACCCAUCUCCUCGAUUUUUCUCUUGUUCUGCCCCCAUCCUUAUUUUCAGCCUCUUAUUGGGUGUUAUGGUAUGCACUAA